AGGGAGAGAGGGAGGCAGGCGAGGGAAGGGGAGCUGCUUAGAGCCCGUACUUCCCAGAGCCAGCCAGGAGCGCGCACACAGCGGCUCUCCGGGUCCCAGCCGCGCCCCGCUGCCCCGCACGUCCUCCUCCUCCUGCUCCUCUCCGGGUACCCCUCGUCCCCUCCCUCCAGCAGCUGCUACGCUCGGGCAGCGGCCGCCCCCGGCCCCUACUCGGCCACAGCCCCAACUCUCUGGGCUCACUCCUGGGACGCGCGUCCUCGCCCCAUCCUUUCUUCCUUCCUUCUCUCGCGCCCGCCCGCCCUCUCCAGGUCUCCCUCUCGGGUCCCGAUUGUCUCCGUCCCCUUCUCGGUCCGCCGGCGCCUCGCCCUGCCCCGUCUCUCCCUCGCACUUCCUGAGUCGCCCGCCGCCGCUGUCUCGCCGCGCCGCGGGAGCCCGAGCCCGAGCCGAGCCGCCGCUGCCCCGGCUCCAGCCCCCGCAGCCCGCGGCGCCCGGGGAAGGGAAAAGUGGGCGAGCGCGCCCUCGCCCAGCCCCGCGCCCCAGCCCUGCCCGGCGAGGGAGGACCGGGAAGAUGAACAACGGCAGCAAAGCCGAGAAGGAGAACACCCCGAACGAGGCCAACCUUCAGGAGGAAGAGGUCCGGACUCUCUUUGUCAGUGGUCUCCCUCUGGAUAUCAAACCUCGGGAGCUGUAUCUGCUUUUCAGACCAUUUAAGGGCUACGAGGGUUCUCUUAUAAAGCUCACAUCUAAGCAGCCCGUAGGUUUUGUCAGUUUUGACAGUCGCUCAGAAGCAGAAGCUGCAAAGAAUGCUUUGAAUGGCAUCCGCUUCGAUCCUGAAAUUCCACAAACACUACGACUAGAGUUUGCUAAGGCAAACACGAAGAUGGCCAAGAACAAACUAGUAGGGACUCCAAACCCUAGUACUCCUCUGCCCAACACUGUACCUCAGUUCAUUGCCAGAGAGCCAUAUGAGCUCACAGUGCCUGCACUUUACCCCAGUAGCCCUGAAGUGUGGGCCCCGUACCCUCUGUACCCAGCGGAGCUAGCGCCUGCUCUACCUCCUGCUUUCACCUACCCCGCCUCACUGCAUGCCCAGUGUUUCUCUCCUGAGGCAAAGCCCAACACACCUGUCUUUUGUCCACUUCUCCAGCAAAUUAGAUUUGUCUCUGGGAAUGUGUUUGUAACAUAUCAACCUACUGCAGACCAGCAGAGGGAGCUCCCAUGUUGAAUUUGCUUGUUAGCUAUUUCUUCCCCCUUUUGCAAAAACUAUUUCUUGGUAACGUUUGAGAUUUCAAUAAAAAUUUUAAUUAGAGAAAAAACGA